UUAUUUUUAUUUAUUUAUUUAUUUUGCUUUCACUUAUUCUGAUCUCAUUACCCUUUGUAAUAAGUUGUGUCUGUUUCUUUUCCUUCACUGCACGUUCUGAUACAACUCCUAGUCUUACACUCUUCUCUUUGAUCUUCUCCAUCCCUCUAUCAGUUUUCUCUCGGUUAUAGCUCUGCUUCCUCUUCUUUCUGAUCAAAUAUAACUUUCUUUCCUGGGUUAUCUUCUCUUUUUGCUUUUACUGAGAGAGAAAGAGAGAAAAGCGAAAGAAAAGGAAAAUAGCCAUGGAAAUUGACCAGUUAAAGUCUGCAACAGAAGAUCAGAUGGAGAUGAUGAUGAUGAUGCAGAUGGACAAGCUCCCUGGAUUCUACGGGGUUUACAACGACGUCGUAGAAUUGUCCCCAGCUGAGCUUGCUGGUGCAAGCAAUAGUUUCAAUGAUAGCAUCAGUGCCAUGCCACAUUUUAUUGAAAACCCACAGGAAACAGGAGCCCCGGGUAUAUUGUCUAGCCCUGGCAGUAAAAGAUGGACAGGUGGUGCAGGGGAAUUAUCAGGUGCAAAUUCUCUUUCUACACCUUCCCAAAAGAAGAAUUCAAUGGCUGCAAUGAGGGAGAUGAUCUUCCGAAUUGCAGCCAUGCAACCAAUUCAUAUAGAUCCUGAAUCAGUUAAGCCACCAAAGAGAAGGAACGUGAAGAUAUCAAAAGAUCCUCAAAGUGUGGCAGCAAGGCACCGGAGAGAGAGAAUAAGUGAGAGAAUAAGGAUACUUCAAAGACUUGUCCCUGGAGGAACCAAAAUGGACACUGCAUCUAUGUUAGAUGAGGCAAUUCACUAUGUCAAGUUUUUGAAGACUCAGGUGCAGUCAUUGGAGAGAGCUGCUGCUAACAGGCCAAGUGGGAUAGGGUUCCCUGUGGCAAUGUCAAAUGAGAGUUUUCUUCCAAUGGGAAAACUCUAUCAACCUACUCAAAAUCUUCAGGAAUUUGGGGAUGCUUAGCUAGCUUAAUAAAACAAGAGUCUUAGUAUAAAAUCAACUUUUCGAGUGAUAUUAGACAUAUUGGAAUGUAAAAAAAAAAAAGACUAAACUAAAAUGAGAUGAUUAUGAUCAUUGACCAUCAUCAUGGAUUGAUAAUUCUCUUCAUGUUUAGCCCAUGUAAUCCAUGUUGUAUUGCUAUCAAAUUCAUAUCCCCGAAUAGAUAGCCCAAUUGUUCAAAAAACUAAUUAAUUAAAUUAUCUUAAUUAAUAGAAUACAUAUUUUUUCCUUGCAUCUCUCUGUCUCUAUAUACAACUCUUAUAUAAAUUUGAUAUCCAAUGGCCACCUGUCUAAUGAACAUC